ACCCUCACACUCCAAUCAGUCUGCACUCGCAUGUCCACGAGGUUGCUCGCACGGGCCUGGCGCCUUCCUCUUGUACUCACCCCUCUCUUGCACCUGGCUCACCACGUUUAGUGCAUUACCAGAAACCCGUACCCGGGUGACCGAGCCACUAGUUGAGAUGGAUAAUUCUGCGUAUGUGCCGAAUCAUCUACCGCCGCCAUCCCUGGUCGUGUUUUCACAGGCCGGGGGGCUGCCGGAGGCUCUGAGAAUGCAAAGACCCUUCAAUCCACAAGUGACCGACUCGAAGGAUCUCCAAGUGCCGUUCAGCACUGCGGCUUCUCUGGGUUACGGCCUCCAUCAUAUGCUCCACUUGCCGCCGCAAUUUUUGCACCCUCUGGAUCACCGUUUACCGUUCGGAGGGUUCAGGCCCCUGGGGCCAUCGGCUUUCGCUCCGCCGAGCAAGUGUCUGAAAGUGGAAACAGGAAACGGCCCGGUCACCGGUUCCGGUUUGCCAAGUAUCGGCUCAUUGUCGAGCAUGUCGAACAUGUUCUCGCCUUCGUCGUUGUCCUCGGCCAGCGGAGGCGCCGUCGUCUCUGUUUCUGGAGCGUCGGCGAGCAUCGGAGGCGUCGGAGGCGUCGGAGGCGUCGGAGGAGGUGCGAGCGCGGCAGCGGCACAGGAAGUCGCACCGCAGAGUCCCGCUGGCUCUACCAGCCGAUCGCCUACAGGGACCGGAACCGGUUCGGUUCCUAAUCGCGGCACCACUCCGGAGGACGAGGAUCGCGAUGCGAAUGCCACGCCUGGGUCCGAGAACACGGAAAGAUCUACGCCUGAGGAGGGACGACCGUAUCGACUGGGGCCUGUGUUCGGGGGCCGAUGCGGCGCGGAGGCGCUCGGGCUGGGGUUAGGGCUGUCGCUGGGCCCGGCCUACAGGUUCGCUCUGCCCCCGGGACUCGCUGCCAAGACCACCCGCUGCCUUGUAUUCGACCAAGGCAAAAAGAAAUUUCCAUCGGAUCCGUCCUGUUGCCCAGCGUGCGGAGUAACUGUAAGGCCGCAGGAAUUGGAGCAACAUUUCGCUCAGGAACUCGACCGACUUUACAAGAUAUCGUCGGCAUCCUCUCGAGCGCGAGCGUCAAGGUCGAGUUUGCCUCCUGGCCAUCCUCAAGACCAUCCCCAUGGACCGAUGCUCCAUGCCCCAUCAGCCGCUGAUGGAACGCCUCAUGGAAGAUGGGAGACUUACAAGAGAAUUAAAGCCAAUAGACAGGCUAGAAUCCGUGUGAAGAACCGGAAACGGAAAGCGGAUGAACCUUCUUGCCCCGUUUGUAGCGAGAGGCUAUCUGGCACGCCGGAGGAAUUGAAUCAGCACGUCGAACGAUGCUUGAACAAACACAAUAAUGGAAAUCCCGCUGGUCAGAAUAAUUUGGACGAAGAGGAGGUGGACGUGGAGGGCGAUGCUGAAACUUUCGAAGAGUAUGAAUGGGCUGGUCAAAGAAGAGUGCGGGCAACGUCGAUGCUCGUCGGAGGAUUUUCUGCUGCAGGUUUAGCGACCUCAUCGAGCAAUCGUUCAACCGCUGGCAACGGUGGAUCUAAUCAGCAGGAAGAGGAAGACGUGGACCUGGUGGUCGAUGGCGACGACGCCGCCGAGUUUGGACCUGCACAGUAUUCCGAAGCCGAUGUGAUCGCGCCACGUAUGGAUGGCACGCCGAGAGAGCAAAAGGAAAGAGACGCUCUUCGAGAAGCCGUGAUAUCGCCAAACGCGUCCAACACGCCUCACACGCCGCACACACCCGAACAAAUCGGUCAAGGUUUGGUCGAGGUGAAACCGGAACCAGGAACAGCGACUCCUCUUGGCCAGAACGAACAAGACGAGAGUGCCUCGACGUCGCCUAGAAGGGACGGUGACACGCCAGUAAUCGAGGCUCUUCGAGGCAGAAUUCGGGAAUUAGAAGCGGAAAUGCGUGGCCAACCGUUUAAGUGUCUCAUCUGCAUGGAACAGUAUAAAAAGCCUGUGACUUCGGUUUGCUGCUGGCACGUUCAUUGCGAACAAUGCUGGUUGCACACAUUGGGUGCGAAAAAGCUGUGUCCACAAUGCAACAUGAUAACGUCGCCUUCAGAUUUGCGACGUAUCUACAUGUGAAGGAAGUCGCGUGUGCCAAACAAGAAAUUGGGUUGUCCGUAGAAAAAUAAUGGUCGAUUUUUUGCCAAAGAAUCGACGCGUUUCGAUAUGACUCGAUCGUGUAAAUAUCUGUAUAUAUUUAUGCGUCACGUUAAAUUAACUCCUUUUAGAUUUACCACGUACGAAUUAUGCACUUAGUAGCGUUAGUAAAUUAAGCCGUGAAAGGCGCGCGCGAAUCAUGUCUCGAUCAUGCUUUAUCGCUCGUCGCGCAGACCAAUUUUCAUCCUGCUAUAAUAUAUAGAAAUAUAUAUAGAAAAAUAUUUCCUCCUCUGAUAAGUUAUCGUAUAAUGUUAGUCGACAAGUUGCUACGCUACUCUUCACAAGUAUUUGGACACCUGCGAUUCGAUCAAAAAAUUCAUAUUUUUUUUAUUUAUGAACAACGUUUCUCUAUUCUUCACCAUUUUUCUCUUCUCCUAAAACAAUUAUCGCGAAGAUAUUAUCUUUCGUCUAUGCGAAAUUGAAAAUAAAACGAGGAAUAUAUCUGCAUUACAUAUAUUCAAUGUUUAAUUAUUUAAUUUCCUAUACUUUUAAUCGUUCCUCUUUAAUUUGUAAUAGUUAACAAUUAUUUUCUUCGUUGAGAUAAAAAUCUUCGCUCUUUUUCUCUUCUCAUAGGCGGCAAAUUAUGUCAAAACAAUUAUCGCGAAGAUAUCUUCUUUCGUCUAUGCGAAAUUGAAAGAAAACGAGGAAUAUAUCUGCGUCACAUAAAUUCAGUGUUCUAAUGAAUAAUUAUAAUUAUUUAAUUUCCUGUACUUUUAAUCGUUCCUCUUUAAUUUGUAACAGUUAACAAUUAUUUUCUUCGUCGAGAUAAAAAUCUUCCCCCUUUUUCUCUUCUCAUAGGCGACAAACUAUGUCAAAACAAUUAUCGCGAAGAUAUCUUCUUUCGUCUAUGCGAAAUUGAAAGAAAACGAGGAAUAUAUCUGCGUCACAUAAAUUCAGUGUUCUAAUGAAUAAUUAUAAUUAUUUAAUUUCCUGUACUUUUAAUCGUUCCUCUUUAAUUUGUAACAGUUAACAAUUAUUUUCUUCGUCGAGAUAAAAAUCUUCCCCCUUUUUCUCUUCUCAUAGGCGACAAACUAUGUCAAAACAAUUAUCGCGAAGAUAUCUUCUUUCGUCUAUGCGAAAUUGAAAGAAAACGAGGAAUAUAUCUGCGUCACAUAAAUUCAGUGUUCUAAUGAAUAAUUAUAAUUAUUUAAUUUCCUGUACUUUUAAUCGUUCCUCUUUAAUUUGUAAUAGUUAACAAUUAUUUUCUUCGUUGAGAUAAAUAUCUUCCCCCUUUUUCUCUUCUCAUAGGCGGCAAACUAUGUCAAAACAAUUAUCGCGAAGAUAUCUUCUUUCGUCUAUGCGAAAUUGAAAGAAAACGAGGAAUAUAUCUGCGUCACAUAAAUUCAGUGUUCUAAUGAAUAAUUAUAAUUAUUUAAUUUCCUGUACUUUUAAUCGUUCCUCUUUAAUUUGUAACAGUUAACAAUUAUUUUCUUCGUCGAGAUAAAAAUCUUCCCCCUUUUUCUCUUCUCAUAGGCGACAAACUAUGUCAAAACAAUUAUCGCGAAGAUAUCUUCUUUCGUCUAUGCGAAAUUGAAAGAAAACGAGGAAUAUAUCUGCGUCACAUAAAUUCAGUGUUCUAAUGAAUAAUUAUAAUUAUUUAAUUUCCUGUACUUUUAAUCGUUCUUCUUUAAUUUGUAAUAGUUAAGAAUUAUUUUCUUCGUUGAUAUUUGCUAACUGUAAUAUGGUUGCGUACAGUAAGAUCAAAAUUACAUUAAAAAGUUUCAAUUGAAGAACUUAUUUUCUUAUCAGAACAGAAUUAUUAUAUUAUUACUAAUAUAAUAAUAUAAAUAUAAUAUAUAUAUAUUAUUAUAUAUUCUAUAAAUAUGCAAUGAUUUGUGUCCAAAUAUUUAUGUACGGUAGCGCACGUUAUUUUGCGCGAUACUUAUUUCAAGACUUAAGAACCGAAUGAGGGACAUUUAGAAUAUUACGAACACAGAUAUUCGAACAAUUUAAUUAUAAUCGUUAUAAUUAAUCGUUUCAUCUAGUUCCGCCGUAUAGUUUCAAAUAAUUAAGAAAUCUGUUAAAAGGAGGAAUGCUUGCAGUAAAACCGAAUACGACGAACUUUUACACUCGAUCGUCGAUUGAUUAAAGUUCGGGGACGCAUCAUCGCCAAGCAUCUUCGUCGAAUCUGCUCCUAAUCGAAGACUAUUCGCGCGUACCUGAAAUUCCUAGGUGUCAUUUCGAACGACUAACGUCUACAUUAAAGUCGCCCCUUUUCGCCGGAUCUACCGUUUUUCUCUUGAAACAAUGUAUCUGUGUCUACGAUUCAUCGAGUUCAAUUUACAAAGACGAAUAUUAUGUAUGUGUAAAAUAUAAUCGACAACUUUGUUAAAUCAGCUAUUUCCAGUAGGCUUUCCGUAACCGUGAAAGAGGACAAAGAAAAUAGUCGGAAAUUAUCGUAUUUAAAAUACGAGCAGCACUCACCAACACUACGUGGAAACACGAGUCUCUUAAACGUUUAUUACGAAUGUCCAGCAAUCUGUUGUUGCAAUCUUCUUUUAAGCCGAACCUAACGAACCGAUUAAUUUAAUUCGAGGCGCACAAACGAUAUGGAAAAAUGCGAAGAAGAAUAACGACGAGUAUGCAUUUUGUUUCUAAUGUAUGAUAUGUAACAUUCAGCUACUAUAUGCGACUUAGGCAAAACACUACACAAUGUAAAGAGCAGGCAAUAUUAAGUUUUCUCAUUAGGUUUAAUUAUUUUUUUAUUUUUAUCCAUGGAAACGUAUAUUUAUUCUAUUUUAUCAGCAAUAAAGAACAAUUUAUUAUCGAUAGUAUCUGUUCGAAAAAAAAAAAAAAAAGGAGAAGCUAGAUUUUAUAUUAUUUAUAGUAUGUUUCCUAUCGUUACCAGGGUUCAAUCGUCCAUUUUUCCAAAUACAAAUUUUCCUUGAGGAAUACUUCUUUAAUUGUCUACGAUCGAUAGAGAAUAUUCGUAAUGGGCGAUUAAUUCGUUGUACGGAUAAGAUGCACGUUAGAAAGGAACGAAUUAAAAAGGCAAUAUACGAGGUGAACUUGUUUUUUUUUUCUUUUUCUUUUAAUUUCCGUUGUAAAAUACGCACUGUUUGCAGGCUAUGGCGAAAUCGAUAAAUCACAAGACGAUACACCAGUGUAAUCCAAUCGACCAAAGUUACGAUACAAACAAACAGACAGAAAAAUGUGGAUAAGUUAAUAAUUGAUAUCUAUUAAAAGGAAUAACGCAAGCUCGCCUGUUUUUCCCUUGUCUUAUGCAUGUAAAACGGAAGGAACGUUGUUUAUUUUGAUUAGAAAAAUUCGUGGAGGAAAGUACGAAGAGGGAGAGAAUAAAGAAAUGCAGAUGAGAAAGGAAGGGAAAGACGGACCAACGCGUAUAUCAACGAUCGAUCUUCUUUCGAAAGAUUCGUUUCUUAUUUUCUAAGUAUAUUAUUGUUCCAUCUGCUAAAUCAUUGAUACAAUGAUCAGCGAUUAAGCGAACCAAUGAAAAAUGACGAAAAAUUGUUUGACAUUGAGAAGACAGAUAAUUCGACUGGACAUGGCUCGAUGAGUUAUGUUACAUUGGAAAUAUUUGAAAUUUUAUUUCAUAUUAAUUUUCUUGUUAAUAUCCAGCUUUCGUAAUAUUUCAUAUUAUAAUAAUCAGUUACAAAUUUUCUUUCGUCGCUUCUCCCACGUUCGAGGUACCAAAAUUUAACGACCGAAACAUUGCACGCGCGUCCAAUCGAAUUUUGUCACUCGUUGUUGAUAAAACGUGAAACGAACUUGCGAUAAGCAAAUUAUCUUUGUUUCGAGACGAAGUAUGCAGGUCGAUCGACCGCAGUGAUAUGCACAAGUCCAAGAGUUGCUUGGAUGCUGGUCAAUGUUUUUUAAAACAAUAGAAACGUCCGAAUUUUCUCUUCUUCUGCUUCUCUGUCCCUGUUGAUCAAGAUUUUAGAUUGCUGCGUGUCCCCUCGUGCACGCCGAGAAAGUUCUUGUAAAUACAUACAGAAAUCGAGUUAAAACCAGCAGGAGAAAUCGGCUCCCCGUUGCGAGCGUUGUUCUGUAAUCGAAAUAAAACGAUCAUGGAAUGUAGAA